AAAGGACGAGCAGACAUAAGUUCCAAUAUGAGCCUCAUAUAUACUAGAUAGUUAGCCAAUCCAUACCUAGGAAACUCCUGGAUUAUAGUACGAGAUUCGUUGCCGAAAUUUGACGUUUGACGUGACCCAUGGACACAACAGGGGAGAGCAUGUCUACGGACAGCAAUGCCGUUGAUAUAGAGGUUCCUUGCAUCGUUUUCUUCGUGUUGACGCCGCUAUUUCUGGGCAUGCGACUCGCAUCUCGACUGAAAACCGGUUCAGGCCUAGGAUGGGAUGAUUGGAUGAUAAUGGUAUCGUGGGUUUUCGCUCAGCUCGUAUCGGGCCUCUUGAUCGCAGCUUGCAUGCAUGGUUUCGGACAGCACUACUACAUCAUUCCAGAGUCGGAGAAAACGUUGACGCUCGAGAUCUAUUAUAUCGCACAAGCGUUCUAUAAGCUUACCCUAAAUAUGACCAAGGCGUCUAUCCUCCUAUUAUAUCUUCGAAUAUUCCUGCAGCGAUGGUUUAGGAUAUCGUGUUAUGUGGUGUUGGCUAUUAUUCUGAGUUAUAUGGUGGCGACAACCGCCUCGUCUAUCUGGCAGUGUACCCCAAUUAGCAAAGCCUGGGACAAGUCGAUACCGGGAACAUGUAUCAGCAUCACUGGAAAUUGGUAUGCGAACGCAGGUUUCUCUAUCGCGACGGACAUCACUAUUUUGGUGCUUCCUAUGCAACCCAUCUAUGGAUCCAAUCUGCCGACGAGACAGAAAUGGGCAUUGAUGAUUGUGUUUGCCUGUGGAAUAUUUGUUACCAUCACGAGCAUAAUACGUAUGCAGACCAUUAACUUCUCGUCGACUAGCUCCGAUCCUACGUAUGAUAUUGUAUCAUCGACUUGGACCGUCAUUGAAGAGAACGUCGCUAUAAUAUGUGCGUGUUUGCCUAUGUGUAAAGCACCAUUGAACUGGUUGUUCCCGUCGAUGUUCACAUCUAGCUCGAGGCGCACCUCGAAUGGUUAUAAGCCGCCGAGUCAAGGCACAGAAGAAACUAGCCGGAACAUAUGGCGUCCAAUCAGGGGUGAUAGCGAAAUGUUGAGUACGCGUGUGACGUCUGUCCAGUGUCGGAAAUCUUCCAACGCGAAUAACAGCCAGGAAUACAUGUUAGAGAAUACGAUCUCAACGGAUCAUGGUAGUGAUGUGGAGGGUGGCCGGGGUAUUCGAAAAAUCAUACAAUACGACAUAACGGUCCAUACGUCAGGCGAAAGUAAAGAGCGUGUUUAAAAUGCAAUGAUUGAAAAUGAUAAAUUCACUUGGAUUUAUGGGGCGUUAUAAUGAAUAACCUUCGUUUUGAUCCCUUCUUGUGUAUGGGGUAGACAUGACGAAAUCAAUAAUGAGGGUACUGGCGUAUAUGGUUGGACAUGGACUGUCGGCUGUGAAUAGAUAAAUGAGCACGAUAAAUGUAUAUAUGAUAUCAAAGGCAUCAGGUUAAGAAAAAAAGAGAUUCAACGAUAUUUUCAGCAUCCUAACUCCAGUUGCAGAAGUAUAAUUGCU